UUCCUUUUUCCCCUACCGCAAUGCAGCUAUGUGUCGUUUCCGCUUUAUUUUUUAUGACCGAGCGCUGCAGCGGAGAGAUAUAGCGCCACUCUUCUAACGGAGACUUCGGCUCGUGCCGUCUCGUUCUCGCGGGGAGGGGACGAGGGGUGACGAAACGUGGUCGCUGGUGGGGUCUCGUCGCUCACAGUCACAUCGGACGCAGCCCCGAGCGCACGCAUUCGUCGGAAACACACGCGAAAUUCACAUAGAGCAGUAGUGUUGUAGAGCCGACAGUGUAACAAGUGAUCGUGAAAGUUGUUCCCAAAUGGUGGUGCUUGAAGACGGAGGGAUGAUGUCCUCAAACCCUAAUCAAUAUUUACAACCCGAUUAUUUGUCUCCUCUUUCAUCUUCUGUAGACUCCAAGAAAAGCCCGCUCGCGCUUUUAGCGCAGACCUGCAGCCAAAUCGGUGCCGAUACUUUACCGACCAAGCCGCUGCUUUCCCAAAUGGAUAAGAAGAAGCCAGUGAACAGUGUUAGUGAUACGAUGAGCCGGUCAUCCCCCAGUGCGACCAAACCGGACAAACCCCGGUCCACCCCCGACACCAAGCAUCUAGCUUUCAAACCGUACGAAACUAACGUGUUAACCAAGAAGCCCGAGGAGACCCGGCCCUCGUCCAAGGCCAGCUCCGACAGCUCCGAUGACAAGAAAUCUGGAAAGAGCACUCCCGGCAGAAAAUCAACACCUCCUACCGCCGAGAACGGAAAGAAUAGUCCCUCCAACGAGAAGUCGUCCUCGAGCUCAUCCGGGACGAGCCCCAUCAUUAGAUCGGGCCUAGAAGUUCUGGGACACGGCAAGGAUCAUCUAGGAGCAUUUAAAAACCUCCCGGGCCUGCCGGGAUUCAAUCCUUUGACCGGCCUCUGCUGCCCGCCCGGAAUGGAGCAGCACGCCAACCCGGCCUUCAGGCCCCCGUACGCCGGUGCCCCGUUCAGCGCUCACCACGCUGCCAUGCUCGCCGCGGCCGCCGGCUUCCCCGGGUCUUCCCCGAACCCGUACCUGGGAUACGCGAGGGUGAAAACGCCCGCCGGCGGCGAAACGCUAGUGCCCGUGUGCAAGGAUCCCUAUUGUACCGGGUGCCAAUUCUCCGUGAAUAAUCACCACCUACUCAUGAGCAACGGCGCGUGUCCCGCUGGGUGCACACAAUGCGAGCACCAAAAAUACAAUCUGGCCAUGGCGAUGGCAUUAUCGCAGCAGGGCGCCGGCCUGCAGUACCCACCCUCCGUGACCCGCCCCUACGUGUGCAAUUGGAUCGUCGGGGAGUCCUACUGCGGCAAGAGGUUCGGCAACUCCGAGGAGCUGUUGCAGCACCUGAGGAGCCACACGACCGACGGUUCCACUCCCGUGUCGUCGUCGUCGACGCAGGCAUCGCUCCUGAACCCCCUGAAUCCCCUGUUCACGACGGCCGGCCUGCGCAGCGCGUACCCGACGGCCCCGCUGAGCCCGCUCUCCGCGAGUAGAUACCAUCCCUACUCGAAGGGGCUCCCGGCGGGCCUCGGGGCUUCCCCCUACGGAGCCUUCAACCCGGCCCUGGGCCCGUUCUACUCGCCCUACAUGUACGGCCAGAGGCUCGGGGCCGCCGCGGUUCACCAGUAGACUGUUCGAUGACAUUAAAUGUUGUAUUGUCCAAUUUUCUUCUGUGAUAUCAAUAGACUAAUUCGUGUUUAUCACGCGAUGACAAAUUUAGUGAAUAGUGCAAUCUAAACUAGUUGUAUUGUAAGUUAUUUCGCCGUCGGAGCACGAACUCUGCGCGGGUGGUUCGGAAAGUUACAAAGACUAUGUACAGCCAAAUGAAUUGUGUAAAUAUUAUCUAUGUUUAUCAAUUAAAGAAUUAUUUCAAAUACAAUAUCUUAAAAAUUA